GUGUCAGUAGCCGAUAAGUGCCCGACAAAAUUGCAAAUGGCGGAGAAAGCCUCAAUUUCUGAACGUUAUUGAAAUUGUAAAAAAUUUAUUAAUUAUUUUGUGGAAUAGUGUAAAGUAUCGGUGAUUUUAUUAAAAUGACAUAUUUUUUAUUGUGAGUGAAGAAAAAGUGAUUAGAUGUUGAAACUGGUGUGUGAAUGGCAUAAAAGUGAAUGUUGUAAUUUAAAGUGAAAAUCGUCGAAAAGAGGGAAAAUGUCUUAUCCGGGACAGCCACCGAUGGGAAUACCGGGAAUGCCCCCCAUGCCUUAUAUGGUGGGUGCUCCUCCUCCCAUAAUUGGAGGUGUUAUGCCAAUGCCGCAUAUGAUUCCGACGCCUGUUUCUGCGAUGCAAACUUCUGCACCAGCUGUACGUUAUCCACGUAAUAACGCUCAACCACGUCCAGAACCACCUCGACGUCGGGAGCGUGAAACAGGUCCACCAGUGACGGUGUUUGUUGGAAAUAUUAUGGAUCGUGCUCCGGAUGUGAUGAUACGACACAUUUUAGGUGCAUGUGGUCAUGUCCUCUCCUGGAAGAGGGUUCAGGCUUUUGGAUUUUGCGAGUAUGCAGGUCCAGAUGCAGGUCUCAGGGCCGUUCGUCUUCUUCAUGACAUGGAAAUUGGAAAUAAAAAGCUUGUCGUUAAAGUUGACGCCAAGACCAAAGUUGUUUUGGAUCAAUUCAAAGCUGAAAAAAGGAAGAAACUUCGCGGUGGACAGUCACCAUUACAGGAUGAAACGCCAACAGAAAACGCAGACGGCGAUGAUGGAGAUGAUUAUAUGGACGAAGUAAUGAGAGUAGUUGAUUCCGAUGCUCUUACUCGAAUUAAUCAGAUUAUACAUGAACACACUGGCGACAUUGAAGUAGCUCAAUCUACUCCAGAUGAUCAUCCGGUCAAAGUGUCAACUAAACAGUUGAAUCUAGACGAUGCGGAAAUAGAGGAAAGUAAGCGGGACUUAAUCACUCGGGAAAUUGGAAAAUUCAGAGAAGUCAUGAAGAAGCAGGAGGAGGAAAAGGCUCAAGUGAAGAAAAAGAAGGAGGCUGUGGAAAAAGAAGAGAGAGAAAAGCGCGAGAGGGAGAGAAAAGAUAGACGCGACGAAGAUGGAAAUCGAGAAGAUAAUGACGCUGAACCCGGAAGCCCAUCCCGUAAGACCCGCGGUGACAGUACAAGUAAAAGAGAAAAACGACGCUCCAGGUCAAGAUCCAAGGAUCGUGAUCGAGAUCGCGCAAGAAGUGACAGGGAACGUGACCGUGACAGGGAUCGGGAUCGGGACAGAGAUCGCGACAGGGAACGUGAGAGGGAACGGGAGAGAGAAAGGGAACGUGAACGUGAAAGAGAGAGGGAACGUGAUCGUGAAAGAGAACGUGAACGGGAACAACGGGAACGUGAGCGUGAACGUGAUCGUGAGCGGGAACGGGAAGAGGCGAGAAAAAGUGAGAGGGAAAUUCUUCGUGAACGUGAGGAGGAAGAGGAGGCGAAGGAGAGAAAGAAAAAUGAUAGGCGAUCUAGAGAGAAGGACGCGGCCUAUCAGGAACGUCUUAGAACUUGGGAGGGUAGAGAGAGACGUAAAUUGAAGGAAUACGAAAAGGAGGCAGAAAAGAAAAGAGCGAAACGAGAUCUCAGGGAGAGAGAAGCAAAGAGACUCAAGGAAUUUCUUGAGGAUUAUGACGAUGACAGGGAUGACGCUAAAUAUUACAAGGGUAAAGAACUUUCGCGUCGCUUGGAAGAAAGAGCAGCCGAAGCUGAAACUGAUUCACGUGAUCGUUGCGCUGAACGACAAGAGUUGCAACGUCUUCGCGAUAAAAUACACGCCGAUGCUUCACAAACUGAUCCUGAUGCUGAAUUUGAGAGGUUGAAAGCGGAACGGGAAGAGCAAUACAAACCCAAACCGGUAAUAACGAUACUCGACGACGAGGAUGAAAAGCUUUUGAAGAAGAAUGAUAACGAAAUUUUACCUCCUAUUGAAACCGAACCAAUUGACAGUGAUAGCGAUGACGGUGUUCAUUUCGAUGACGUAUUACAACCGGAACCAUCGAGAACACCGCCGAGACCACAUCAUCAUCAUCGUAGGCAUCAUAGACAUCAUCAAAAUCAUCAUCGUGACGGAGAUGAAAAUGAGGAAUUAAUUGAAAUUGACAGGGAGAGUUCGAAAGAAAAAAGGCCAUCGCCAGUUGUCAUUAGAGCAACAACACCGGUACAAGCAAUGCCACCGCAUCAUGAUGAAGAUUCGAGAAUGUCUCUCGUUAGUGAACCGGAGAAAACCGGCGGCAGUAAUUUUGUACCGUUUGCAAUGGGAGCCAGUGGAAUGCGCACCAAUGAUCAUGCCGUAGGAAACAAAACACCUGCGAGUCCAACAUUACCUACGAAUGCGCAUUCACAUCCUAAUCAAGUCAAGAAAAAGGGACGUAUUGAUGUUAAGGACGUUUUUAAUAAUGAUGAUGAUGACGAUACCACCAGUAAUUCGAAGAAACGAAAACUUGUUCCUCUUGAUUACGGUGAAGAUAAAAAGAAGAAAGAUGAGACAAACGCGAAGUCUGGCAAGGAGGAAAAUUCAAAAUCACAAGAAGAGAAGAGAAAGCAUAUUAAAUCUCUUAUCGAUAAAAUACCGACAGACAAAACUGCACUCUUUGGUUAUCAACUCGAUUGGGCUGUAAUCGAUAAUACACUAAUGGAAAAGAGAAUACGUCCUUGGAUCAAUAAGAAGAUUAUUGAAUAUAUUGGAGAACCUGAACCAACGUUAGUCGAUUUUAUUUGCAGUAAAGUCAUGGCUGGAAGUUCUCCACAGGGUAUUCUCGACGAUGUACAAAUGGUAUUAGACGAGGAGGCAGAGGUAUUCGUGGUAAAAAUGUGGAGGUUACUAAUAUACGAAGUUGAAGCAAAAAAAAUGGGUUUAGUGAAAUAAAGAAUAAAUUCUCAUGUGUUUAUAAACGAUUGAAACUGAUUAUAGUUUUUGCAACACAAAAGAAAUUCCUACAAUAUUGGUGUAAUGAGUAGUUUUUAAAAACUCAUAUACAUUUAUCUAUGUAUCAUUAUUUUGAAAUAUGAUAAUUGAUAAUUUAACCGCGGUUGAUCGUGCGGUGAUAAAACAAAAUGGACACACUUCCCGAGAUUUCAAAUGUUACAAAAAGAAAAA